UGGCUGGAGAGUAAUGUUACAGAGCGGAGAGAGUGAGGAGGCUGCGUCUGGCUCCCGCUCUCCACAGCCAUUGCAGUACAUUGAGCUCCAUAGAGACAGCGCCGGGGCAAGUGAGAGCCGGACGGGCAACUGGGCGACUCUCGGUGCCUCGUUGAGGAAAAAAGUCAACUAAAGAUGGGCAAAGGAGACCCUAAGAAGCCGAGAGGCAAAAUGUCAUCAUAUGCAUUCUUUGUGCAAACCUGCCGGGAGGAACACAAGAAGAAGCAUCCAGAUGCUUCUGUCAACUUCUCAGAGUUCUCUAAGAAGUGCUCAGAGAGGUGGAAGACCAUGUCUGCUAAAGAAAAAGGAAAGUUUGAAGACAUGGCCAAGGCGGACAAGGCUCGUUAUGAGAGAGAAAUGAAAACCUAUAUCCCUCCUAAAGGGGAAACAAAAAAGAAGUUCAAGGAUCCCAAUGCACCCAAGAGGCCUCCUUCGGCCUUCUUCUUGUUCUGUUCUGAAUAUCGCCCCAAAAUCAAAGGAGAAUACCCCGGCCUAUCCAUUGGUGAUGUUGCAAAGAAACUGGGAGAGAUGUGGAACAAUACUGCUGCGGAUGACAAGCAGCCUUACGAAAAGAAAGCUGCCAAGCUGAAGGAAAAGUAUGAAAAGGAUAUUGCUGCCUACAGAGCUAAAGGAAAACCUGAUGCAGCAAAAAAAGGAGUUGUCAAGGCUGAAAAGAGCAAGAAAAAGAAGGAAGAGGAGGAAGAUGAGGAAGAUGAAGAGGAUGAGGAAGAAGAGGAAGAUGAAGAAGAUGAGGAUGAAGAAGAAGAUGAUGAUGAUGAAUAAGUUGGUUCUAGCGCAGUUUUUUUUUCUUGUCUAUAAAGCAUUUAACCCCCCUGUACACAACUCACUCCUUUUAAAGAAAAAAAUUGAAAUGUAAGGCUGUGUAAGAUUUGUUUUUAAACUGUACAGUGUCUUUUUUUGUAUAGUUAACACACUACCGAAUGUGUCUUUAGAUAGCCCUGUCCUGGUGGUAUUUUCAAUAGCCACUAACCUUGCCUGGUACAGUAUGGGGGUUGUAAAUUGGCAUGGAAAUUUAAAGCAGGUUCUUGUUGGUGCACAGCACAAAUUAGUUAUAUAUGGGGACGGUAGUUUUUUUUUCAUCUUCAGUUGUCUCUGAUGCAGCUUAUAUGAAAUAAUUGUUGUUCUGUUAACUGAAUACCACUCUGUAAUUGCAAAAAAAAUUGCAGCUGUUUUGUUGACAUUCUGAAUGCUUCUAAGUAAAUACAAUUUUUUUUAUUAGUAUGGUUGUCCUUUUCAUAGGUCUGAGAUUUUUCUUCUUGAGGGGAAGCUAGUAUCUUGCUUUUGCCCAUUUUGGGUCACUUGGAUUAUUGCAGUGUUUAUCUUUUCAUAUAGUCAGGCUGAGUAAAAUACUUUUGUCUACACACCCUGCAUAUCACGAUAGGGGUAAUAAAAAGUUUGAAAACAUUUUCACCCAUAACUGAAACUCCAAAAUCUUGAUCAAUGGAUGAGAGUUCACAUAGCCCACUAAAGUUUACAACACGAAGAGUAACCAAUUGUUUUCAUAACAUGGGAUUAUUAGAAUCAAACAAUUUGAAAGUCUGUCCUUGAAGGACUAAUAGAAAAGUAUGUUCUAAUCUUUGAAUGAGGACUCUGUAUUCUUUAACUCCCAUUACCAUGUAAUGGCAGUUAUAUUUUGAAGUUCCCACAUGAAAGAAGACCUGAGAAUGUAUCCCCAAAAGCGUGAGCUUAAAAUACAAGACGGCCAUAUUAAACUUUCUGUUGACAUUAUUCCCAGGGAAGGCUAUGAAAGUGCUGGCUAUACACUUUCCCGUUUGUCUAAAUAUGGAUUGCUCAGGAAAUGAGGCUAUUAGAAGUAUUUUUAAUUAGUUGGGCCAGCUUGUAAAAUUAUGCCACAUUUAAAAUUAAAGUAGGAUGUAUUUUCCUAUAUUGUGAUUUCCCCUUUAAUAAAUCAGACAUGAGGAAGAAAGACAAACUUUGCAUCUUAGUACCAGUUACCCAAUUGAUUUUAUUUUUCUUUCCAAAACCCAAACUCACUCAUUUGAGUCAUGUUUAUCUCCUUAGCAGUUUAAGGAACAAUUUGGCGAAUUUUGUGGUUUUAAGAUUAUCGUUCUCUUAAAGUGCCAGUGUUAAAAUAGCGUUCUUGUAAUUUUACACGCUUUUGUGAUGGAGUGCUGUUUUGUUAUAUAAUUUUGACUUGGAUUCUUUCCAUUUGCAUUUGUUUAUGUAAUUUCAGGAGGAAUACUGAACAUCUGAGUCCUGGAUGAUACUAAUAAACUAAUAAUUGCAGAGGUUUUAAA